UCCUAUAGUGUGAGGUUGAGGGAGGGCGAGACACUCGUCACACUCCGCGAACAAGCUGCCCAUGUUUAUUUACUAACGUCGGAACGCUUGGUUAAUUUAAAACACGUUUAAGUAUCGUUAGGGACGAGGGGCAGUUUGAACUUCAAAUGCCCUACAUGAACAACACAUUCGCGAGAGCGGCUGGUAAUCGCUAAUCAUAAAUUGUCAUCAAGGAGUGACUUAUAUCGGGUUUGUUGGCUCACCGUGGACGAGUUGAGCUUGUUUGGCCAUCGAACAAACGGCGUCCGUGCACCGAACUAACGAAAGACAAUACUCCGAAGUUGUUUGUGACUGUUGCUUUCCGAAAACAGUUUGCUACUUGUUUUCGGAAUAUGGCUCAUCAUGGACAUCAUCAUGUUGCGAGUUCCCAAAAGGCUUUAAUGCUGGAGCUGAAAAGUCUCCAGGACGAACCGGUCGAAGGCUUCAAAAUAACUUUGGUCGACGAGUCGGACUUGUACAACUGGGAAGUUGCGAUAUUCGGACCACCCAACACGCAUUAUGAAGGGGGCUAUUUUAAGGCACGUAUCAAAUUCCCCAUUGACUACCCAUACUCUCCUCCUGCCUUCAGAUUCCUCACCAAGAUGUGGCAUCCCAACAUCUAUGAGAAUGGAGAUGUGUGUAUUUCCAUACUGCACCCACCAGUGGAUGAUCCACAGAGUGGAGAACUGCCAUCAGAGAGGUGGAACCCUACACAGAACGUGAGGACUAUCUUGCUAAGUGUUAUCUCACUGUUGAAUGAGCCCAACACCUCCUCGCCUGCCAACGUAGAUGCCUCCGUCAUGUACCGCAAAUGGAGGGACAGUAAAGGGAAAGAUCGGGAGUAUGCAGAGAUCAUCAGGAAGCAAGUUUUAUCCACCAAAACUGACGCCGAAAGGGAUGGAGUCAAGGUGCCCACCACACUUGCAGAAUACUGCAUUCGUACCCGUGCCCCACCCACUGACGAGGUCAGCACCCUAUUCUAUGAAGACUACUAUGAUGACGAAGACAUAGAUGAUGAUGAAGAGGAGGGUGAAGACUGUUGCUAUGACGAUGAUGACUCCGGGACAGAGGACUCAUGACAACCAGACCCAUGUUUUCCAAAACUGAUCUCUCCACGCCCCUGUACCCAUUUUGGUUUCGUUGUUUUUAGUUUGCUUCGAAAAGGAGUGUUCUAGUUAUUUUGUCCAUUUCUGUAUCAGACGUCUGAAGUUCCCUGACAGUUAGUUUUGUCUGGUUUUUGGGGCAGAUGGGUUUCAGCUAAUCAGUGCUCAAGAGCCCAGCUAAGUGCAUACAUGCUUAUAAAGGAUCAAAUAAACAACUUGCCUAUCCAAAGCAUGUUGGUGCCUGAUCUCAGGUUUUCAAUGUAUGUGGAAAAAAAGCAUUGCCAUCUUGGAGGGGAUAAAAAGUAGCUAAUACACAUUCUCAGGGCUACUUUAAUUUCUUUAAACCACAAUCCAUUAUAUACGGGUUGUAGUACUUGCAAAUUAUGUGUGGGAUUUCUCCACGUUAUCAAGAAGGGAAUUUUCUCAGUAGUUGAUUUAUCAAACAUAGCUCAUACCUUUCUACGCUGACUCCUUCCAUUGGUCUUUAAUUUGUUUCAUUUUAUCCUCAAACACACCUAUAAUGUUUUGUUCGAUUUUAAGGGGGUGGCAAGGUAGAUUUGUGCAUUCGGAACUUCUUUGCUUUAUUUAGCUACUUUGUUGAGGGAAUUUUAAUUUUAUGUAUCUUUUUUUAUUUUAAGCCUUGUGGUGACUUAUUUGGAAGCUCAAAACUUCCUCAGGAAAACAGAGUUUGAGAGGUUGGGGUGUUUAUGGCUGACCCAUUAAACCCUUUUAUAAAAUUAUAUGCACACGGGUAUUUUGGGUCACUUUCCCUUGUUUUUUUUCUUUUUUGGUAUGCUUUGUAAAUCUAAUUUAAAUUCUCAAUAAAG